AUGCUUCGUGAAGACUACGUGCAGAUCCGUAACGCGUGCCAACUCACCUUGUUGCUGACUUAUGGCUGUGGACGCGCAUACAAACUCGUGUUGCACAACGCCCAAGCCUACCAACUAUUCGUACAAAAUGGCCCUUUUCGGCUAGUGAGUUUUAAAUUUUUACUGCUACAUUUUGUGAAAGUUUUGUUUUUAAUUAUUUGUGCUUAAACAAGUUUUGGAUUCAAAAUGCUUGCUUAAUAUAAAAGUUUUUUAAUUUUGUGCGCUUUCAGCUCGUAUGCUUUGACGUAACGUUCGUAACACCGAUCCAGAUCUGGCUAAAGCCAUCGUCAAGUUUUUUCAAAAUUUGACACUAAUGAAUAAUACUCGUAAGCCAAAAAUCGUUACAAAAGGAAAAGGCUUGAAAAGUUUCGCCGUAAAACAGUUUUUUUUCAGUUUGGAAGGGAGGGGGGGAGGAAGGGGGUUUUAUAAAUUAUUGUCGCAGCGCAAACGCUCGUGCUGCUUAAAUUUCGCCGCGCAACUUUUAACCGAUGAUUUAAAUUUUAGAAGAAAUGUCGCUUAAGAAGUUAAGCGCAGGGUUAUACUUGCAUGAACCAUUUGAAAAAAAUUUUCGAGUUAUAGUUAUUUGUGAUGGAAGAAUAGUUUUUACGGGUCUACCCGGAGAAAAAUCAAUUGGUUUAUUGCUAAAAGCAAAUCACUAUGUGUUUUUCUGAAAAACCACAUUUGCAAUUGCCCGUAAGUUGCGAACAAAAGAAUUCACAUUAGUGUCGCAAAAUUUGCUUUGAUUGUGGUUCAAUUGACUUUUAUGCACAUCAUUCGUUCAAAUGCCGUAGACUGCCAUUCUUGUCUGCGUUUUGGUCCCCAUUAUCCCUGUAAACCGACAGAUGGUGUUGACUAUUUACAUUGUAACCACUGCAACUUUUCAUUUGCACUAAAGGUUUUCAAAUUCUGCAAAGAAAACAAUCGAUCAGCCCACGCGGGCGAUCCGUAUUCAAAUUAUAAUUUACCUUUUUGUUCAUUUCCAUUCGUAGUCUGAAUAAAUGCUUGUGACUACCAGUAAAUAAGGAUUGAAAUUAAAUUCUUAUAUGGUGCAUUGCAAAAACAACGUAACUGAACGCCAUAUAUUCUAAAGUCGCAUAAAAAAUUGGUGACAAAAAGUCUCAGCAGUCUCAACGACGUGCUGAACAAGCUCCAAGAACCAGUAAAAGCCGCUACACGACUGCCCGUGGUGGAACUACUAAAACGACGCAGCACCUUGGAAGAUGCCAUCCUCAGAAGCGAGUCCAAACUUCAACUUUUGCUUGCUUGUGAGCGAGUCAAUAAAGAAUCAGGCAUCGACGACUAUGUCAACAAAGCUACAGAAGCAAUCGAAGAAGGCUAUAAUGUUAAUAGAUACCUGAAGGAGUUAAUCAUCGAAAAAGAACAGAAGGUAACUGACGAAGCCGAAGCGCAGACGGCAAGUAAUCCAACAGCCACCCAUCAAAGAAGUGCCGAAGCUACAAUUUCAAACGCCCAAAGUUCAAUUAACCAACUUUCAAUGGUGAAGACUACACACAAUGGCCGUCUUUUGCACAAACGUUCGAGGCAUACGUUCACUCGACAAAGCUCACAUCUUUCGAGAAAAUUACGGUACUAA